CAUUUUGCCGCAACAUAGAAACAAUCUUCUGAUGAUUCAGAUGUCGAGCGCGAGAUUGAAAAUGACUGAUGGCAAUAACAUUGUCGAGCUUUUAAGCGUUAUACCAUUAAAUAAACUUUCAGAAGAAUGGGUGAAAUCAGUGUGGGAAUCAGAUUUCACUGAUGCAGAAAAUAUAAAUGAAGAAGUUUUUCUGGAUACAGACAGCAGUACCCUAAUAGAAACAUUAGACAGUAUACUGGCUUGCCUGGAUCACUGGAUUGAUGAUGAAAUUGAUGAAGGUUUAUGGACAUUACUGGUUGAGAGUGAAAUUUCCCUGAAAGCAGUAAUAUCAUUUUUGGCGCAUCUACUUCUUGUUGGCCACAAGAAAUCAGCUGACCUGACCCAGAAGCAAAUAGGAAUUUUGGCUGGUCGAACCUACUGUAAACUUGUUCUAGUCCCUGGUAGCAGGGCAUUCAACAUUUUUCACCCUGAACUGUAUGAGAAAACAGCAGACUUCUUAAAACAGUUCAUCACACUGGGAUCAUCUAAGACCACAAAGAGAAAGAGAAGUGUGACCCCUGUCAAGUCUAGCCAGGCAAAGAGAAACGGCAAAUCAAGACGCAAGAAACAGAGUAAUGAAACCUCCCUUGAGGACGGCAUUGAGGAUUUUGGUGCCAGUCAAAAUGGAGAUGACAUCAGUGAUGAUGAAAUACAAGAACUGGCUCCUCAGGAAAUAUCCAAACUCAGAAAACAACUUCAUGUUUUACUUGUUGAUAUGGUCACAUUUCUGGAGAAAUAUUCUCUACGCCAGUCAGUUUCAUCAGGGUAUCACAGUGUACAGGUUCUAGCGCCACUUACAAGACAUGAUGCCGAAAUGUUUGAUGGAAAUUUUGAUACUAGUGUAGCCAUGAUGAGACAGUCAGUACCUGCAUUAGCAUUUAAGUGUUUACAAUCAUUGUGUUCUCAGCUUCAUGGACAUGUGGGUUCACUCAUGAAUGCAACAUGCAAGUACCUGCUGUCAAAUUUAUUGAUGUUGAUUGGAGACAAGUCUGUGCAGACUGUGACAAAACAACUACAGGUGACACGAGAUCAUGCCAUCUCCUUUAUCUGUAUUCUGAUGAAACAGUGUGGAGAGAGAGGACUAGCUAGUGUGCGCACACUUUUACAACAGAUGUGUACCAAAGUGACAGAUCGUGCCGAGUAUCGAGCCAAGGUAGCUCAAGCGGUUGUGACAAUUGCUAAGGAAAUGCCAAACGAAAGUUACAGUAAACUGAUCCAGUGGUUCUACAAACUAUCUAAACAUAGUCAGAUCAAUAAUCGUGGCUUUGCACUAGAGAUUGUGUCUGCAUUGCUGGCUACUCCGGAGAGGAUUGUUACAGAUGAGAUUCCAGCUGACCUUCGACCUUACACUACACAUCGCUCACUGCUCGGCAUCCUGCUGGACAGAUGUUCCGAUAAAGCUCCCACUGUGCGGGCUAGAGCAAUAGGAUGUUUUGCUGGAUGUCUAAGCUCGAGAGAUGAAGGUAUAGCUGGGACUGUGAAAGAGAUUGUCACACCUGUGGUACCCGGACGACCUAAUAUACCAAGACUUAUCAAAACUCCCGGAGCUAGAGUCCCAGACAGUGUCACUACUGUUGAUGAAACUUCACAAAGAUCAGAGUACACAAUUGCACAGCAGACUGUAGAGGGCAGCACCACUGCUCCAGAAAGCACAGAAGGUGGAGCUAAAGAUAAGGACACACCCAUGCAUAGAGUACAUCUGACACCUGGCUUUGAUCCAAACCUGUCUGACAGUGAAGGUGUAUUCUCCAUGUUGCGUCGCCGAGCACGUGAUGAGAAAGUUAAUGUGAGGAAAGCAGCUCUUCAGGCACUGGAGGCGGCAGUAAGGUUUGAGAUGCCAAACUACACUAAACAGAAUAUAGAGGUGUUAAAGGAUCACUGUAGGGACCCAGGAUUGUCUGUCAGGAAACAAGCCCUGCAGUCACUUACCGACUUACUCAUAGACUCUCCAAAGGACAAGUUUCUUCAGAGUAACUGGUUGUUAGCUGCCCUGCCUCUGGUUAUAGACAGGGAGACAACUUUGUCAGAGAAAUGUAUGGAAACAUUGGAGGAACUCGUCCUUAACAACGUGGUGUUAUAUCACAGAUCCAAGUCUGAGAGUCAUGAGCUAGCCUGGGAUCUUCUUGCUAUCAUAGCCAAGCCACACAGUGUUGAUCAAAGGCGCUACCUCCAAAAGACGUGUCAUCACUGGUCAAGACAAGGAAAGAUUAAACCGUCACUGAUUACAGCUUUGGAGUCUCACAUUGGCACCAACAAUAAUUCAUUGAUUUUGACUAAUGAAAUUAUUUGCCUCUUGGUAACAUCAACUUUUUGCUGGAUAUACUGUUUUGCCAUUCCUCACCACAAACCCUUUCGGCGGGGGAUACCAAUUUAUCGAAUUUGCUUGUUUAAAAUUUGUAAUCAUUUUGACAGGUACACCACCACCGCAAAUCACUAUAUUUCAAACAUAGCCUCAUGUUUGAAGGACCCAUCACCUCUGGUUCGUAAACAGACUCUGACACUGAUAACUCGCCUCUUACAGGAAGAUUUCCUCAAAUGGAAAGGUGCCCUCUUCUACAGGUUUAUAUCAGCCCUGCUCGACAACUGUGAGGAGAUACAAAAAUUUGGAGAGUUUUGUCUACUCCACAUGUUAAUACAGAGACAUCCAAACAUGUUCUUCCAGCAUUUCAUGGAAUGUGUUUUUCACUUCAAUGACUACAGGGAACACACCGUUUACAACAAAUUCACACAGUCCGAAAAAGUUCGUGAAUUGUUUUCAUUGAAAGGUGACCAAAAUUCAAAGAAGAGGCUGACAUUGUACAAGUUUUUACUGGAAAACAUGUCGGAUGAUCAUAGAUUUCAGUUACAGAGUAAACUUGUACAGGAGGUCUUGGGAGGCAUUGUUGAUGGUAUACUGCCUGUGAACAAAGACACCAGUGACAUUCUUAAAGAUGCCUUAGCAAUACUUAGCUGCAAGGAGAUUAAAUUGACAUCUGUUAAAGUACGUCCUAAUGAAGAUGUUGCUGGUGAUGAACAGGAAAUGGCAGCUGUUGUCGUGGCAACAGCAAAGAAGACUAUAAUUACACAGGUUUUGAAGAAGAAUGUGAUAGAAAACAUAGUGCCUAUAGUUGUUUCCCUCAAACAUAUGAUGGAGAAAGAGAGAUCACCGUUGUUGAAGGAAUUGUUGAUGUAUCUACGUGAACUCAUGAAGGACUACAAGAGUGAAGUUAAAGAGAUACUGUCAGCAGAUCGUCAGUUAGCAACCGAAAUUGAGUUUGACUUACGCAAGUUUGAAGAGCAACAACAGGAAGCAGUGAGACAAAGAAAUGCCCCAGCCAGUGCUCAGGGUACACCUAUUGUAGGUGUCAGUAAGAGUCCGGUUCCAGCCACUAACCUUCAGUCACCUCCACCCAGCACUGGAAAUACUCCCAGACCUGCUGGCUCACCAAGAACACCGGCACUGAAGGCUGGAGUCGCUAGCCCGAGACCAGGAACAUCAAAAGGCACUCCUCCUGUUCUGAGAAUAGCACCAAACAGAAAUACCCCUGCAAGGGAAGCUCCGCUGUCUACCGUAGCUGUAUUGAAUUCAGCGAGACAAAUGAUGAGCCGACCUAGAACAUCUUCUGUUGGCACCGAUAGAGCUGACAGUGAGAAUGAAGAGAAUCCAGCAACUGGAACUACUCCGAGGAGAAAUUUACGCACAAACAGAGCUAUAAGUACACCGUCAGUUGCCCUUGGCAACAUCACAUUUCAUGGUGAAGCCAAUGUGACAUUUAUGCCUCCAUCACCUAUAUCAGAAUCCAGCUCGGACCACAGACUUUUUGACUCGGACAGUAGUAUAGGGCUAGACAAGGAAAGCUCUGAUAAGGAAAAUGAGGAUGUGCUACUCAUAAAAUCUCCACUGGCAGGGGCACAAAAGGCCAGAGUGUGGAAUGUUUCUUCUCCAGCACCAAAGAAAAGAGGACAGGUUGCAGAAGAUAGUGAAGAGGUAGAACCAGUUCCAUUGGCUCAGAUUAGUAACAGAGAAACCAAUCAGAGUAAAGAAAACAAUGGGGAGUCACAUCAGAAUGAAGAGAACAGCACAAAAGCCAAUGAAAACAAAGAUAACAAUAAAAAAGCCAAUCAGGACAAAGAUAACACAAAAACAAAAAGGAGAACAAGGUUAAGUGAUCAGUUAAAAGACAAAGCUGCCGGAAAUGAGCCAGCAACUGAACUAAAUACGAGGCGUGGAAAAAGAAAAUUAAAGACAUAGCUGGUUGAUAUGCUACUCAGAGACUUGAAAAAAAAAGGCUGUUCUAAAAUCUAAAUAUCUGAAAAAAGACACUUCAAGACGUUCGCAAAGAGGAAGUGAAAAAACUGGCGGAGAGUCAUAUUUUUUUUCUUCACAGAGCAAUAAGCAUGUAUCACUAUGAUAAAUGAGCCAGUAGUGCAUUUGUCCAAAGCCAUUAUGUAUUCACAUUUUAGAACUUGCUUUUGUUACACAUAAAUACCUUGUUGUCAUAUAUUGUAUUUGUGCAGGAUCAUUGUGUUUUCAUACUUCUCACUUGCUUUUGACAUUGUUAUAGUACUUGUCAUAUCCUGUUACAUUUCUUGACAUAAUUCAGAAUACAUGUAAAUGUAAUCUUGCUUGAAGAAACUUUUUAACCCUUAUCAUGCUGGACACCAUUGAUUCUGCCUUUGCGACCAGUGCAGAUCAUGAUUGGCCUGCACAUCUGUGCAGUCAGAUCAUGAGCUGCACUGUUCUUCAUUCAGUCAAUAUCUUUUUUGUAUGCACCCCUUUUAACAGUUAAUGGUACUGUCCAAAUUGAAAGAUGAACAAGUUCAUUAUAGAAGUUUAGCAGGGUAAGGAUUAUUGCUUCAGUGUAUCUUAGCUCUAUCAUAUAGACACUUAGGUGCUAAGUCAGUUUAGUGUUACUUUCAUCGGUGCUGGUCAUUGUUGUUUAUUUCGUUCUGUAUUUUGUUUUAGUUCAAUCACACAUGGCUAAUGUGAACAGCUUAAAAGUUUCUAGUAUGAAAGGGUUAUUAAGUAUAUCUCUGUGCCCCUGUACUGACCUGAGAGCAAGUAUUCUUAUUUCUUUUCUGUUAGAACACUUCUCCUGUUUCUUUCUGUUUGUUUACUGAGAGAUUGUUUUUUACUGAAUCUCGUUGAACUUUGUAACAUGUAAAUGACAGGCUGUCCAGCGUCCCUAAAAUUCCUAUUUUUCCUACUUUUUUUGAAUUUGGUUAAAUUUAUAGAAAAAAAUGAAAAAUCAAA